UAAAUCACCCACUCAAUGCUAUUGCUCACUAUAUCAUGAUCUCCUUUCCCUUUGUUUUGGUUAUUGCAUUAAGCCUGCUUAGCUCAAUUCUCCAUAGCUACAACAACAACAAGCUCCUUGUCAAUGGAAGGAAACAAUUUGCCCCACAACAUGCCAACAUGGAGUUCAAGAAAACUCGUCACUUCCCAAAGCCCUGCUUCAUUUUCCCUUGAACCAAAUGAGAAGCAGAAGCUCAAGAAUAACACUCAAGAAUGCAAGUCGCCAAAUACUAAUGAUAAGGCCAAGGACCCAGAAGAAGGGCAUAGUGAGAAUAUUGGUAAGGUUGAUGGUGUAGAGGAAAUUACGGGGCGUGAGAGGCUGAAGAGGCUCCGGGAAGAGGUGACCAUGGACAAGGUUAACAUUCCAGAAAAUUGGGGUCAGGAGCCAAAGUUGAAGGACUGGAUGGACUAUACUAUGUUUGAUGCAUUCUUUCCUCAUACUUUGAUUGUGACUGCUCGUGAUGCUCUUAUUGCUAAUGCUCGUGAAGCAAAGUCACCAAGGUUAUAUUAAGGAUCUAGAGUGUAGUUGCGAAUAUAUAUUUCUUUUUGACUCUAUAUAUAUAGUUAGUAGUAGUGUUGCUGUCUUAAUAUUCCCAGGUUGUGGCAGGAAUAAUGUUCUUAAUAUUUCCCAUGCUUGGAUCUGAUUCGGAUCUUCUUUCUUGAUUUGGUUAGUAAAACAAUCUAUAUGUACACUUGCUAAUUAUAAUUUUAUAAUAUGAUUUUUUUAUGCACC